CGCUCGUACCCUGUGGAUACGAUUGCUUAAGAUAGCACCGAGGGCAAUCACGCCAUGCUGGUUAACGAAGAAAAGCUUGUGUUUCUCAUUCAGGGAUAUUCGGCAUUCGAAGGUUACAAGUGCCAGUUAAGCGGGUGGGUAUCUGUCUCGUGCCAAGGUCGGCGUCGUGUGAGGGGCUUAAACGUUUUGAUGGCUUCAAACGCACCUUGGGGGCCAGAAGAUAAUGCAAUACACCACAGGGUGACUGGUAUUUAGUGGCCUGUAGUUAUAUUCUGAAACCCAUGCGCUAAACUUUGUAAGAAUGAGCUCUCUAUAGAGAUAUCCGUUGU